CGGCUGAAGGGGGAACCAGAGGGAGAGGGCGGAGCUGGGCCGCGGAGGCCCCUCCCCGCAGCGGCCGGGCGGCGGGGCCUGUUAUUCCGCUCGCCGCUCGGCCAGGACCCGCGCCGCGCCAGUGACUCGGGGAGUCGGCCCCCGCCUCCUCCUCUGCCCGGGCCUAGAACCACCCCCAAUCCAAGAGGCCGGAGACGGAGCGGGAGCGGCUGCAGCAUCCCGGCCCAGCUUCCUCCACCAUCCCUCCCCUCCCCGCUGGACAUCUGGACCACCCUGGGCCCCGCACCGGCUCCGGAAACCCUCCCCGCCCAGUUCAGCGGCCGGGCCCCGCGCCGCCCUCUCUGCAGAGCCCCCAGCCCUCUUCCAGACCAGACUUCCGCCUACCCCUGGACCCCCGCUCUCUAUUCCCUCUCUCCCCCCUUCUCCCAGCCUGGAGCGGGGUAGGAGGGAGGGGGGUGUGCACCCUGCGCCGUCCCCGCCCCCCGUGAUUCCCCCUGCAUGGCCGGCCCGGGUGGGAGGUGCGGGGGGGCCCGGGCGCCAUGCGGGGGGGGCAAAAGGAGGGUCGCUGUGCCUGUCCCCAUGUGAUCCGAAAAGUGCUGGCAAAAUGCGGCUGCUGCUUCGACCGGGGGGGACGUGAGUCCUACUCCAUUGCUGGCAGUGAGGGGAGUAUCUCAGCUUCAGCUGCCUCGGGUCUGGCUGCCCACUCUGGCCCCAGCUCUGGUCUCAGCUCUGGCCCCUGUUCCCCGGGCCCCCCACGGCCAGUCAGUGGCUUGAGAAGAUGGUUGGAUCAUUCCAAACAUUGUCUCAGUGUGGAGACUGAGGCAGACAGUGGCCGGGCUGGACCAUAUGAGAACUGGAUGCUGGAACCAGCCCUAGCCACAGGAGAGGAGCUGCCAGAACUGAACCUGCUGACCACAUUGUUGGGGGGCCCUGGGGAUAAGACACAGCCCCCUGAAGAGGAGACUUUGUCCCAAGCCCCUGAGAGUGAAGAGGAACAGAAGAAGAAGGCUCUGGAAAGGAGUAUGUACGUCCUGAGUGAACUGGUAGAGACAGAGAAAAUGUACGUGGACGACUUGGGGCAGAUUGUGGAGGGUUACAUGGCCACCAUGGCUGUUCAGGGGGUACCCGAGAAUCUUCGAGGUCGUGACAGGAUUGUGUUUGGGAACAUCCAGCAAAUUUAUGAGUGGCAUCGAGACUAUUUCCUGCGGGAGUUACAGCGCUGUUUGAAGGAUCCUGAUUGGCUGGCUCAGCUAUUCAUCAAACACGAGCGCCGGCUGCAUAUGUACGUGGUGUACUGUCAAAAUAAGCCCAAAUCAGAGCAUGUGGUAUCAGAAUUUGGGGACAGCUAUUUUGAGGAGCUCCGGCAGCAGCUGGGGCACCGCCUGCAGCUCAACGACCUCCUCAUCAAACCAGUGCAGAGGAUCAUGAAGUACCAGCUGCUGCUCAAGGAUUUUCUCAAGUAUUAUAGGAGAGCUGGGAUGGAUACGGAAGAGCUGGAGCAAGCGGUGGAGGUCAUGUGCUUCGUACCCAAGCGCUGCAAUGACAUGAUGACCCUGGGGAGACUUCGGGGGUUUGAGGGCAAACUGACUGCUCAGGGAAAGCUCUUGGGCCAGGAUACAUUCUGGGUCACGGAGCCGGAGGCUGGGGGGCUGCUCUCUUCCCGGGGCCGAGAGAGGCGUGUCUUUCUCUUCGAGCAAAUCAUCAUCUUCAGCGAGGCCCUGGGAGGAGGAGUACGAGGUGGAGCGCAGCCUGGUUAUGUGUACAAGAACAGUAUCAAGGUGAGCUGCCUGGGACUGGAGGCGAACCUUCAAGGUGACCCUUGCCGGUUUGCACUGACCUCCAGAGGGCCAGAGGGUGGGAUCCAGCGCUACGUCCUGCAGGCUGCAGACCCUGCGAUCAGUCAGGCCUGGAUCAAGCAAGUGGCCCAGAUCCUGGAAAGCCAGCGGGACUUUCUCAAUGCGCUGCAGUCACCCAUUGAAUACCAGAGAAGGGAGAGUCAGACCAACAGCCUGGGGCGGCCAGGAGGGCCUGGGGUGGGGAGCCCGGGGAGAAUUCGGCCUGGAGACCGGGCCCAGCUCAGCACACACACACCCAUCAAUGGCUCUCUCCCCUCCCUGCUGCUGUCACCCAAAGGGGAGGUGGCCAGAGCCCCCCUGCGCCUGGACACACAGGCCCCCAGUGCCAUCCCCCAGGCUCUUCAUGACUCUCCUCCAGUUCCACCAAUUCUGGACACCCCUCCCUGCCAAGCCAGACUUGCCAAGCUGGAUGAAGAUGAGCUGUAACUGGUGAAGGCCAUGGGGGUGGUGCUGACUCAGCCACUCUGUUCCCCCAGGAACUUCAGGGCAGUCUUUUCACACCGCUCCAGAAUUCCUCCCUCUGGGUGUGUCUGGAGGGUGGGCAAGGCUGGGAGAGGUGUCAACUUGGAGGAGGGCACCUAGAUUCAAAAAGACUUCUUUCUGCCCAAGGAACACAGGUUCCUUCAGCUCCCACCCCUAUGCAUGCAUCACAGGUCCCCCCAAAAGGAGGAUAUGUGGGUGGGUGGGAGGGCUGGGGCAAGGGCCAGAUAGAAAUUAUUGGUUUUGUUUUUGAUUUUUCUGUUUUCUGAGAAUAAAGGUUUUGUUAUAUCACUAAAGCUGCUGUCUUAGCAGAGGGAAGGGGAAGCUGAAGUUGGGGUAAAGGAGUGUGGAAGAGAUCAGAUGGCCCCUUGAAUCAGUCAUUGGAGGAAGGGUCUGGUGAAAGGAGAAGAGUGCGGGAUGUAAGAUAAAAAAAAAGUAGUUAUCUUUGUCCCUCACUUGCAGUUGCAGCAUCUCUCAGUCCGGGUCUUGGGGCUACAGGAAAACCCUAGAACCUUGAUGUAUUCUCCCUUUUAUCCAGCCCCUUUCCCUCCCGUCUGGUCUCUGUUCUAGACGUCACUGGAAAGCCCGCUGUGGGCUGACUUCCCACCGUUCCCUCAACACCCAGAUGCUAAAGCACUGAAUGCCCAUGGUACCUUUCUUUCUGAGGCCGCCAUGUUCAGCUGAGGGAACAUGGAGAGGUGGAGAGGAUGCUGGGGGCUCUGGCCCCUUCUGGCUCUGGGUCUCCUUAUUUUUGCUGUCUGGGAGGUCGCAAAGCAUAUCCAUGUUGAGCAGGAAGGGAUUCUUCUUCAAGCCAUAGACCUAAGAGUGGAGGUCUUCACCCCUCCCAACUUCUGGGACAGCCCCUGGGACCGAGACCCAAACGUGCAGAGAUUCGCAUCCAGAUGCCCUGUCCUGCCUGGGUCCUUGGGCAUCGGUGUGUCCACUGUGUCCAUUCGUCCCCUGGGCCCAGUCACGUGUACUUGAGCUUCCUCAGCAGACAAUAGACUGCUGGGGUGGGAGGCUGAGGAGGAGCUGGAGCCUCCCUGUGGGCCUGAGGUCUCUCUGGCCACAAUGGGGGGAGGGAACUCUAAGGGGGGGACAGGACGUACAGCCCAGAUAAGACUUCUGGGGAACAAUAGGAGGAAUUGAAGAGGGGAGACCCACCCUCACUGUACCCCACACCCAGGGCUUUGGGGUCAGGGACUAGGGACCAGAGGGUGAUGGGGAGGGGUGCUAAGAAUUCUUGUGAAUGGAGGAGGGGAUGGGGCAACUAGCAGGAUUCUGGAGCUCAGAAGCUUUGUAUCUCUUCAGGGACCUCAGGGGUACAUGACAUGGGUGGGUGACCCUUUCGUACUUAAUUUAACCACAUAUGUAUUGUUGACUGCCUACUUUGUGAAUAGCACUGGAAUGCUUCAGUGUUUUUGCCUUCUGAGCAAUAAAAUCAAAAUUUGCUAUCUGU